GUAUGUUCCAUAACUAGUAAUAAUACCAACAGGAGUAAGAGGAGUCUUCAAGGUUGGGGUCAGAUGAGUAUAGGAAAGCACUACAGGUGAUCAGACUGUCAGCAUUACUGUCAGACACACAGAACCCGGUGGAGCACAAAGAGGAGGCUGAAAUAGUUUUAUAAAGCUCUCCUCCACCGGACUACUUAGACCUGUAUCUCCCUCCAGCUCUCCUCCACCGGACUACCUAGACCUGUAUCUCCCUCCAGCUCUCCUCCACCGGACUACCUAGACCUGUAUCUCCCUCCAGCUCUCCUACACUUGACUACCUCUGUCCUCAACUUUAAUUUAGAAAGCAACACACAAUAUACUCUCUCCAGUGAUCUACAAUGGCCACAAGUGGUGAAGAAUAUAUUCUGGAAUCUCUGGACCAGCUAGGGGAAAAGGGGCUCAAGAGGUUUAAGUGGUUCUUGCAGAAAGAACUUUUGGAUGGGUUUUAUCCCAUCCCAAAGAACAAUUUGGAGAACGCUGACGAAGAAGACACAGUGGAUAAGAUGGUGGAGACAUACACAGUUGACGGAGCUGUGGAGAUCACUGUGGAGAUCCUGAGAAGGAUGAAGCGGAAUGAUCUUGCUCAGACUCUGAUGAGUGAGGAGGAGACUGAUGAAGACAGCUCAUCUUCAGAAUCAACUGGAGAGCUAAAUGAUGGGAUAGAAUAAAGUGUAUUACAAAUGACUAAAAACAACUUUUUCACAACUAAUUUUGAAUCUUAAAUAAAGAGGCAACAAUAUUAGGCUGCUAAUUUAUUUCCCAAAUAGGAAUACCUAUUUUUUUUUUUAUUAUAUGAAUGAAUUAAAACAGCUUAAAAAGUU